AUGGCGGGUGCUGCGCGGCCCGGGCCCACAUGCCUGCUGCUGGGGGCGACGGGCGUCGGGAAGAGCCUGCUGGGGAAGCGGCUGCGCAAUAUCCGAGCGAGCUGGGGGUCCUGGGGCGCGGGGCCGGGGUGGGGGCGUGCCGCACGCUGCUUCUGGUCCGUCCUUAACGCACCGGCAUAGCUGUGCUCCCGGGACGGGGCCAAGGAGUUGGGCGAACCCCCGGCCACGCUGCCCACGGUGGGCACGAACCUGACGGACCUGACGCUGCACAAGAGGGUGACGCUGCGGGAGCUGGGCGGCUGCAUGGGCCCCAUCUGGCCCAGCUACUACGGGGAGUGCAGCGCCGUGCUGUUCGUGAUCGAUGCGGCCAACCCGACCCAGGUCUCCGCGUCCUGCGUCCAGCUGCUGUCCCUCCUCUCUGCAGAGCAGCUCGCCACCGUGCCCGUGCUGAUCCUCUUCAACAAGAUCGACCUGCCCUGCUACAUGUCACUGGUGGAGAUGAAGUCGCUGUUCCGCAUGCAAGACAUUGUCUCCUGCGCCACGCAGCCCAUCACCAUUCUGGAAACCAGUGCACGCGAUGGCACCGGCCUGGCUGAUGUCCUGCAAUGGCUUCAGGCCACCUUCAGGGACCCUAGCUAACCUGGCCCCAGCACCUGUGCAGUGUGACAGGCUGAUGGCAGGCAGCAGCUUCUCGGUACUCCAUGGCUGUGAGAGCCCAGCAGAGGGAGUGCCACCUGCGGGAGGGCCCUGCUGGCUGCUUGCAUCCAGAAGAUGGAGCUCUGAAACUGGAUGGUCCCUGAAGGCGAGACUGUCGGCUCUGGAGCCACGCAAAGGUGAAAGUAGAGGGCUUCACAAUGUACAGGUGCUGCUGCAAAUCAUCAGUUCACGCAGGGUGGCUUUUCUAUGAAGACUCCAUUGCUGUAGCAGAAGGCUCGGCACUGCACUUCAUCAGGGAAGACAAUGACCAGAUUAUCCUGCCCGUGGUACACUGCGAACGCCACCGCCUUGUGCCACGUCCUGAGGCACAGGAUGCUGAUCAUGAUCUUCUUCUCCAUCAGCCCUCUGCAGGAGACAGAUGCUCCAUAAAAGAGAGGGAAGCCUGCUUUAUUCUCAGGUUUUUUGGGUUCUCUGUAAAAGCUGUAAGCGACAACUGCGGCUCUGAAGGUGAACUCACUGGGCCUCAUUUUGGGUGCUCGAUCCUGUAUUGCUAUUUCCACAGCACUAUUAAAUUCAUGCAGGAAAGAC